AUGUUGUCUCCCACCUCCCUCGCUUACACCCGUCAGGCUCCUCCAGUGAGACCAUCUCGAUCUCUAGAGGGACUGGAGCAGGUCGUCCCGCCCAGAGUUCCUCAACCUCCAGCUCGUCCUACCCUGCAACUGGACAAACCUCUUCCCGACCUUCCCUCACAAGUACGAUCGCUCCCAGAUGCCUCAGAGAUGAGGGGAUCGACAGCAUGGAGCGAUGAGAGCAGUACUAUUAGCAGUGUGGAUAGUGACGGCAGUCGAAACCGCGAAUCCACCCACUCAACGGAAAGCUAUCCCGUUUUCGUCCGUUCGGCGUCGGAUGACCUGGCCGGGCUUGUCGAUCAUCCUCCGGUUUCGUCCUUGGAUCAUGCCGAGCCAAUAGUGGAUCCCUGUGCAAAGCCAUCAACGAUAGCUUCCUAUUCUCCAAGCUUGUCGCUUUCCCAACAUGGUCUAUCAGUAUCAAACGACGACCGGUAUGGAAGCCCGCCAGAAUGGGCCCAGAAACGGGCCGGUCCGAACCACUAUUUCCGGGAGAAGAAGUGGGAUUUCUUCCCCGAAUUAGCGACCCCCUCUGCCUUGGGUCCUGGAGCAGCUGGACGGUUUCCUCCCACCAGUUCGCGGAAGAGGAACGGGAGUAAAUUGCAUUUAUCCUCGUUUGAAUUUGGAAGGAAUCGCAGGCGCUCGAAUACCUCCGACCGCGGGACUCUGACGCUCGCCCAUGAAGUUCGGGACUCGAUCCGUUCCUACGUCCAUCGCACAUUAUCGAAGCGUUCUGCGGAGAAAGACAAGUCAAAACGCCCAGGCCGGCCCGCCACCGCGCCCUCCUUCUACCCGACCAAGUAUGCGUCUUCACAGGGGGGCGCCACCUCGAGCGACCGCUCCUGUUAUGGGGCACCUAGAGAUGAAUCGAACCCGGUGGAUGUCGAUAUCCGGAUGACAACCUUAUCAAUCUCAACUGCUUCGACUGCGAGCGAACGGUGGGUAGAAAGCCCCAAGCCAGUUCCCCUUCACCGAACAAAGCAGCUUGCUGUCCCCAUCACUCCGUACCAGAAGUAUGGUGCGGCCAUCUGGGACAAAUCCGGCGGCACAAAGAGGGUCAGCUACCGGCCGAACCACCAGGUGAAAUUUUCAAAGCACCAAAGGAACAUUUACCCGUCUUCCAACCAAAAGUCGAAAUCAAGUCCGGACUUCACAUCUUCCAAUCCCACUGCGCCAUUAUCGCCGCCGGUACGUUCCGUGAUCCAGCAGAACACUCGAGAGGCCAUGCGAGUGUUACAGGAUGGAACCACUCAAGUGCUAGAUGUGCUUGGUGAGGCGAAGAAAAAAGUGAUCGGGUCGAGCGUUGACCGUCGACGAAUGCAGCUCAAAUCGCAGAUUAAAUUGAUAGGGCCGGUCAACCCAUACACUACCUACGGACGCGUUGAUUCUUGGAUAUGA